GGUUUGCUGGGUUAGCUCUUCUAGUGUUAACCCAGGUCACAGUAGAAGUGGUAAAAUUGCUACUGUUGAAGGCUUUGGACAUCUUUACUUUUCUAGUGUAUUAUUUUGUCCUCUGUCUCCCCAGUAUUGUAGGCCAUACUGAGCCCUACACCAAACUGUGCUGUAAGGGUUUCUGCAUAGACAUCCUGAAGAAGCUGUCCCGCACCACCAAGUUCUCAUACGACCUCUACCUGGUCACCAAUGGGAAGCACGGCAAGCUGGUCAGAGGCAGUUGGAACGGCAUGAUCGGAGAGGUGGUAUACAAGCGGGCGGACAUGGCCAUUGGCUCGCUGACCAUAAACGAAGAGCGCUCAGAAAUUAUUGACUUCUCCGUGCCGUUCGUGGAGACGGGGAUCAGUGUGAUGGUCGCCAGGAGCAACGGGACCGUCUCACCCUCUGCCUUUCUUGAGCCCUACAGUCCGGCGGUGUGGGUGAUGAUGUUUGUGAUGUGCCUAACGGUGGUAGCAGUCACAGUGUUUAUCUUUGAGUACUGCAGCCCUGUGGGGUACAACCGCAGUCUGGUGAGCGCCAAGGGUGAGUGUCAGCUCCGACCACCUUUCCCUCUACCUCUACCCUCCCGUAUCAGCAAAGGUAGAAAGUCACGGAAAAAUCCCGGAGGCCCCACCUUCACUAUUGGGAAGUCAGUGUGGCUGCUGUGGGGCAUCGUCUUCAACAACUCUGUCCCCAUUGAGAACCCCAAGGGCACCACCAGCAAGGUCAUGGUCCUGGUAUGGGCCUUCUUCGCUGUCAUCUUCCUGGCCUCCUACACUGCCAACCUGGCAGCCUUCAUGAUCCAGGAGCAAUACACUGACACAGUCUCUGGACUGAGUGACAAAAAGUUCCAGAAGCCACAGGAGCAGUAUCCACCGUUUCGUUUUGGUACGGUCCCAAACGGAAGCACAGAGAGGAACAUCCGGAGCAACUACCCUGAGAUGCAUGCCCACAUGGUCAAAUACAACCAGAAGGGUGUGGAGGAUGCCCUCAACAGCCUCAAAUCAGGGAAACUGGAUGCCUUCAUCUACGACGCUGCUGUGCUGAACUACAUGGCGGGUAAAGACGAGGGCUGUAAGCUGGUGACCAUCGGCAGUGGGAAGGUCUUUGCCACCACUGGCUAUGGCAUCGCCUUGCAGAAGGAGUCCCGAUGGAAACGUCCCAUAGACCUGGCCCUGCUCCAGUUCCUAGCUGAUGGUGACACACAGAAGCUGCAAACAGUGUGGCUCACAGGGAUCUGUCGUAAUGAGAAGAAGGAGGUGAUGAGCAGUAAGUUGGAUAUAGACAACAUGGCAGGCGUCUUCUACAUGCUGCUGGUGGCCAUGGGGCUCAGUCUCCUGGUGUUCAGCUGGGAACAUCUGCUCUACUGGAAGCUGAGACACUCAGUACGCAAGUCUGAACGCCUCGACUUCCUGCUCGCCAUCAGCAGGGGAAUCUACAGCUGCUUCAACGGUGUGGAGGACUCUGACCGCAACGGGAACCUGCAGAACCCUGACGUCACCACCAACUACACCCAGGCCAACAUGCUGAAGAUGCUGCAGACAGCCAAGGACAUCGUGUCCUCGACCAGAGUGGAGAACUCCCUGGACAAUGCUACCAAGACCAUAGAGAACUGGAGCCGCCGUGGAGCCGACAAUGUGCGGGUUGGCCUGCCGCCCCGGGUAGCAACCACUAUAGACAUGGGCCACAGCCACCUGCCCUACAUCUCCAGCAUCACGGACAACCACUCGCCCUACACCCAGAGGGCACUCGCGCCCACCUUCCCCAUCCACUACUCAGACAGCGCCACCCAGCCCCUGCUGGACAAAUCCAGGGUGGUGACGCGGCCUACCCCACUCCGCUACACCCUGCCGGCCCGCGGAAGCCACCACUUCUACGAGAGGACCCUACCCAUCUCCAGCCUCAGCAGCCCCCACAUCGCCAUGAGGGACCCUGCUCCCCCCAGCACCUCUACCCACAACCCACACCCCCACCCCCACCACAGCAGCAGGCUGUAUGUGGAGAGCCAGCCCCGGCACCCCACCUCCCCGUUUGUCCCCUACAGAGAGUUCCAGGUGCCUGACAUCUACGUGGAACACCACAAGGGGCCCCUGGGAAGGAAGUUCAGCUACCCCCCUGACCACAUUGGCAGGAAGAAGAGGUCCCACAGCUAUGUGUUUUCUGAGGCCCAAGACACCAGGGGGAGGAACGACUACGAUGAGCCCACCUCCUGUCUGGCUGAGCUGAGGGCCAACCACCUCCUGAACAACCACGCCCCUUCUGCAUCAAACAUGGUCUGCAUGGGGGGCCACUACCCCAGCGGCAGCGCCAGCUGCAACUCCUGCAUGAAGCCCUACCUGGAGCCUGAAAUGGAGGAUGUGCCCCUGCUGGGGAAGGACAAGGUCAAUCGCCGGGCGUCUUUUCUCAAGGCCACCUGGAGCAGUGACAGGAUCCGCCAGCUGGACGAGAAGCCCUCCACCUCCACUAUGCCCGAUCUGUUCCCCCGCGUAGUUGUGGCCAACCCCAAGCCCCACAAGCUGUACGGUAGCCAGGGGAACAACCUGUGCUACCCCCUGGCCGCUGAGCCUGCCUACCUAGACCCGGCCCAUAUGCGGUCCUACCCCUACAAGCAGCAGAAGCUCAAGUGCUCCCAGUCCACCCGGCUGCCAUCCUACAGGGAGGCCAUCCUACAGAACGCAGCCGCUCUGCGGCGCUCCUCCUCCACUGUGGUGCACAGACACUACUCCACCUACCUGAAUUCGUACACAGACCUGCCUGUAUACGUGGGGCCGCUGCCCCAGGGCCCCGGGCAGUUCUACGACAAGGACAUGUGCCACCUGUUCCCCUGUUCAAGCCACUGCCCCGACAACAAUGCCCUGGUGCCCCGUAUGGGGGACCGGCAGGUGAUGUACCAGAACAAUAUGUUUGGGGGCUAUGAGGGCGCGGUGGGGCGGUCGCGGGAGGAGCCCCCCCUGCCCGCAUCUGGGAGCAGGGAUCGGAGGCAGGUCCUGGUGGCCAGAAGAGUCAACAGUCCCUAUGUGCCAAAGCCCUGGGGCAGGGUAUCCAGUCUGGAGUCUGAGGUCUGAGCUCCAAGCCCCUCCCCCUCCAUACCUGGAUGGACUAUCCCUCCCUCUGGGGAGGGGAAAGCCUACCUGGGGGCGGCCCCCUCAGCCUUUGGUUUAGGCAAAAACAAAUGAAGUAGCUACCAAUAUGGAUGACUUGAGAGUGUUUACUCAGUCCAAUAAUAUCCUUGGCUGCCGUCCGGGAUAGAGAGGACACUGACAGGCCGUUACUGCUGGGACUUUGUUAAGUAAACAUUAAGCGAUAAGAAAAGAGAAGACAACGUUGAAUAGUAUUUAAUACCUUCAAAUUUAACCUGUUGAUUGUUAUUUCAAAUAUUUUUAAAUGCUGUCUUAGUGUGAGAGACAGAGAGAGACCUGGAUGACAAUACACUGUAGCCGCUCACUCAGUUUAGACACAUUUUACUUUUCUUUUCAACCAUUUCGGUAUCCUGCCAUUUAAAUUUAGACACAUAUAAUAAAGAUAAUACUUUUGUGAUCAAACCACAGAAAUGUCUUCCACGACUUUUGUAAGUCCAUGAGCUCUAGGGAAAGCUGUCUGUUCGAGGCUUUUUGGCUCUGGUGGUCACUGAUGUAAUUUGACUUGGAUUUUAAAAGUGAAACAUUUAAAUUAUCAUCUGUAUUUCCAUUGUUACACUACUCUUUAAUAAACGACAAGGCCACCUCAAGGGCCUUUUGGAAUUGUC